GAAGAGUGGAAGGCUUCAGUGCUACUAUUAAUACUUGCCAUUGCUGCACUUCUACCUAACUUCUACCUCACUUUACCUUACCGCAGAACCAUCAAUCAUCAGGGACCGAGCCAUCUCCCUCUCGAACACCUUGGCUCACUCUUCUGCAUCUCAGGGUCCUUGUUUGUUGAUCCAUCCCACCCAUCCUUUCCACCCCCGCCAUGGAGGGCGACGCACUGCGCGAUGAGGUCCUUCGCGACCGCGUCCGCUUGGCGGAAGAGUUUUUGGAUCCGAGCGACAUGCGAGCUCGAAGCUACCGCGCAGAAAUCAUCGUCAUGCUCAAUCGAGGGAUUCGAAGACUCACGGUCAACCUGGACGAGAUCCGAGCCCACAAUCGAGCGCUCGCGGAUGGCCUUCUGAACGAACCUUUCGACUAUGCCGUUGCCUUCGAUCGAGCCUUACAGAACAUUGUUUCCACUUUGCCGAAUCGCCCCAAACGAGACCAAAUACAUGAGAUGCUGUACUACUGUGCCUAUGUAGGAAGUUUUGGCGAGUUUUCCUGCAAUCCGCGAACGUUGUCAUCGCAUCACAUCAACCACAUGGUGUCCCUGGAAGGGAUUGUCACCCGAUGUUCACUCGUUCGGCCCAAAGUCGUGAAAAGCGUCCACUACAAUGAGGCGAAGGAGUCGUUUGUCUUUCGAGAAUAUCGAGAUGCAACCAUGGCAGCGAAUGGCCCGACGACAGGCAGCGCAUAUCCGACCGACGAUGGGGGGGAUCCGCUGCUCACCGAGUAUGGGAUGAGCACAUAUCGCGACCACCAAACCAUCUCGAUCCAGGAGAUGCCGGAGCGUGCACCGGCCGGACAGCUUCCACGCUCGGUGGACGUCUUCCUCGACGACGACCUGGUGGACCGAACCAAGCCGGGCGACCGGAUUCAGCUGGUGGGCAUCUAUCGAACCCUGGGCAACCGGAACGCCUCCAACAACAGCGCGAUUUUCCGCACCUUGGUCGUGGCCAACAACAUCAUCUCGUUGGCAUCGAAAUCGGGCGGCGGGAUCGCACAGGCGCCAAUAUCGGAUGGCGAUGUCCGGAACAUCAAUCGGAUGUCCAAGAACAAACGGAUCGUGGACUUGCUGAGCCAAUCGCUGGCGCCGAGCAUUUACGGUCACGACUACAUCAAGAAGGCGAUCCUGCUCAUGUUGCUGGGCGGGAUGGAGAAGAACUUGGAGAACGGGACGCACCUUCGUGGCGACAUCAACAUUCUCAUGGUCGGAGACCCAUCGACCGCAAAAUCGCAACUGCUUCGUUUUGUUCACAAUACCGCUCCACUGGCGAUCACCACCACGGGUCGGGGUUCAUCUGGAGUAGGAUUGACGGCCGCAGUGACGACGGAUAAGGAAACCGGAGAACGACGGUUGGAGGCGGGUGCCAUGGUUCUUGCCGACCGCGGCGUGGUAUGCAUCGACGAAUUCGACAAGAUGAGUGACGUGGAUCGGGUCGCCAUUCACGAAGUCAUGGAGCAGCAAACCGUCACCAUCGCCAAGGCAGGCAUUCACACCAGUCUCAACGCCCGUUGCUCCGUCAUCGCUGCGGCAAAUCCGAUCUACGGGCAGUACGACACUCGCAAAGAUCCUCACCGCAACAUUGCCCUUCCCGACUCCCUGCUCAGUCGUUUCGACUUGCUCUUCAUCGUGACGGACGAUAUCGACGACGCGCGGGAUCGCACCGUUUCCGAACACGUCUUGCGCAUGCAUCGGUACAAGGCUCCUGGCGCGGAUGAAGGCCAACCGGUCGUUGAACAAACCGGCCAGGUCCUUGGCGUGGGCGAACCCCGGCAGGACACCACCGCCACUACGGAAGUGCAUGAGAAGUUCAAUAUCAUGUUGCAUUCAGGUGUCACUGUCACCAUGGGGCGUGGCAGCUCGCGUCGCGUGGAGGUGCUGAGUAUUCCAUUCAUUAAAAAGUAUAUCCAGUAUGCAAAGAACCGCCUCAAACCCAUCUUGACCAAGGGGGCGGCCGACCACAUCGUGGCAACGUACUCGGCGCUUCGAAACGAUCUGUUGGAGGGCAAUCAACGUCGCACCGCUCCCCUGACGGCUCGUACUCUGGAGACGCUGAUCCGUUUGGCCACGGCCCAUGCGAAAGCCCGUCUGAGCAGUCGGGUGGAGACCAAAGAUGCGCAGGUUGCAGAAGAAGUUCUUCGCUUCGCUCUGUUCAAGGAGGUCAUUGCCGAAGAGCGCAGGAAACGUCGGAAAACACGGGCGGACAAUGCCAUGCUUUCGUCAGAUUCCGACGAUUCGUCUGACCACAAUGAUGAUGAUGAUGAUGAUGAUGAUGAUGAUGACGAUAGUGGUAUUCAUCCCGCACCGAGCGGUUCCCGGUCCCGCCGCCCUGAAGGCCCUCGAACUCGAAGUUCCAGACCUGUUGGGCCUUCUAGUGCGAAUGGAACCCCGACUGGGGACGGUGAAUGGGACGAUAGCUCACAGUUUACGGGUGCUGCAUCCUCAUUACCGGCUUCCCAGCUGCCCCCAACUCAAUCUGAAUCAUCUCAAUCGCAAUCGGUGACACAGCCACCAUCACAGUUCCGGAGCGCCGCCCCAGUGUCCCAUGAUCUCGAUGCAGAUGAGACGGACGGGGAUUCCAGCGCAGCGGAAGAGAGUGCUCCGAUGCAACCGAGCGAAGAGCGCGUUCGCGUUUUCCAGAGAGCACUUGGCCAGAUGAUUGACAGCGCGGUCUUCGCCAAUGAUGCGGCUGACUUCGAACCCUUGUUGACCGCUGUCAAUUCUCGGAUGAGCGCAGUUGGGCAGGCGGUUUUCGCCGCUUCCGAGGGCGACAAGGUGCUCAGGGUCUUGAGCGACCAGAACAAGAUCAUGUACUCCGAUGGAGUCGUCUACAAGAUAUAAUGAUCGCAACGACAUUGCCAACGAUGUGGAGUUUGGAGGAUUGCGAUAUAGGAUUAAUCGACGGGGAAUGGACGCCGCUUUUCAGAUUUGGUGAUGUCCAAUGGUUCAGAUAUGGGAAAUGGAGUUUACGACAACCACACAGCCAGGGCAGGGGUCAUUCGAAACUGAUAUCAGCAUGCAUACUGCAAAUCCAGCGUUGGAGCGACUACCUCUAACCAUGAACUUGUCCACUGCUUUCGGUUGCAUCUCACUGUCCACAGCUGAACCCUGAUAUCUGAACGGAUGUCCCUAAUGACACUAGCAAUGGAUUUCCGCUGCAUGUUUGGCUUCCAACUUUCACCGAUACUUGGACGCCUAUCCCUGUUCUUGAAACAUCGUGCAACUUUCUUCCGCCUUCAUUAGCCUCAAUUAAGGAUUUGUCGACACAUACGAGUAGUAAAUGCAGGUCAGUGGGG